AUGACAAACAGCACGCCUACCUCUCCAAAAAUCACACCCAUAAACGCCACCGAUACCGAAACUCGCUCCAUUAAACUCUCACCAACACCAUCCCCAUCACGCCCACCAUACUCCCAGCGCCUCACCGACCUCUUUACCGACUACGCCUCAGUCCUGGACACCACCCGCGGUCCCCUCCGCACAACCUCCGACGGCAACCUCAUUGCAGAAGUAUCCGGCGACUGGCUCGUCCUCGCCACGCCCCCACACUCAGCCGACGACCGCGAACUCGCGCUCCUCAAAAAACCCCAACCCGCGACCAAACUACCCACCCUCUGGAUGCCCGAGUGCAAAAACGGCGCCACUGCUUUCGAUAACCCGCGCACCCGCAAACCGCUCGCUAGGCUUUUGAGGAAUAAGUGGACUGGGUCUGAUAGGCCGCCUGCUGUGGAGCCCAAGACGAAUAGGGAGGAGGUGAGGGAGGAGGCGGCGAAGGCGCUGGUGGGGAAGGGGGAGAGGGUAGAUGAGGGGUUGUUGGGGAGGAUUAAAGAGGAGUUUGAUACGCAGAUGAGGGAGGAGUUGGGGAUACAUUGGUAUGAGAGGGCGGUUGUUGGAUUGGUUUCGAGAGAGGAGGUGUUGAGGGUUGUGGCGGGGUUGGGGAUGGAGACGUGA